CUAACACCGCUGGGCAACCUCGUACUCGUCCGCGUCAAGGACACCUUGACGGCGACCGGCGGUGGCAUUUUGUUGCCCGAUCAGUCCAAAGAGCGUCCCACCGAGGGAGUUGUCGUAGAGGCCGGGCCCGGGAAAAUACACCCGCUUACCGGAGUCCGUAUCGAGAAUCCCAUCAAACCCGGUGUAUCGGUGUUGUACGGAAAGUUCGACGGUCGACCCUUGGAAUACCAAGGGGAUGAGUGUCAGGUAAUCCGGGAUGACGACGUGCUC